UGACUCGGGCAUACUUUUUUGGCCGUCAAAGCCAAAACUGUGCUGAAUGCAAGACGUAGGAGAAACUCUUAACGGGAUUAUAACAUCUGUACGGCGUUCGGUUUCGUUCUCUUGGUUUCCCGCUCUGGAUUUCGGAUUUAUCAUUUUUUUAUCGGGAUGGAAGGCCGGGAUUUCGCACCUCCGCCGCACCUUCUGGCAGACCGAGGCGCUCUGGUUCACAGAGCCGCCUCGAGGAUCACUCCAACCGGGCAUACGACAGUGCAGCAUCCCGGUCACUUCCAGCCUGGAAAAUAUUAUACAUCGCACAUACCGAUGCCCUCACAUUCAGGGAGUGGAUUGAUAGGGAACUCUUCGGCCUCCUUCAUGGGUACAUUUUUGGCUAGCAGUUUGGGUUCGCCUUCCUCGCACCCCUCCGGACCCCCAUCAUCCCCCUCUUCUCCACCCUAUCGCACCGGACCCCACUCCACGGCCCCGUCACAGAUCUGGUUUUCCCACUCGCAUGAAGCCCCAGGGUAUCCCCGCUUUUCAGGGAGUCUAGCCCCCACCUUCCUACCCAUGAGUCCCCUGGAUCACCAUGGCAACAGCAGCGUACUCUAUGGACAACAUCGCUUCUAUGACACUCAGAAAGAUUUCUAUCUACGAAGCCUUCCGUCACAGCCCCACCUUCUCUCCACCAAUCACAGUCUCCCAUCUCUAUCUCGAACUGCCCGUACCCACCCACUAGACUCCUGCAGCCGUGAGAGGGAGUCUGGGAGCACAGCAUCCCAGAAGAGCUCCAAAGAGACGGGUGUAGCAGAGAGAAGAGUAACACCCGGAGGAAAAGAAAAAGAAAAGACUAAACAGGAGUCCAAGCUGGAUCGCCAGCACCAUGGACCACCACCCACCCUUCACCACCAUCACCAUCCACAACACCAUCAUCCAAGCCUAGAAGAUGACCUCCGACACAAAGACGACCCCAAGCACCUUAGCUCCUGCCUGCUUAGUACGAAGACCCAAAAUGGUUCUGACCCAGGGGCCACAGCCAGGGGCUCACUGCCUAGUUGUGUGGGACCAGGGGCCUCAGGUCUGGGAAAUGGCCGGCAAAGUGGGGACGGUCACUGUUGUAAGGAGGGAGUAAGUGGAGAGAUGCGAAUUAGCGAGCCACCCUCAGACUGUCUUCGGCACAGUGCCAUGUUGGGCCAUGCCCACCCAGUACCUUACUCCAUGCCCCCUCCCUUGGCCCUAACCUCUGGGUCCUGGUUACAUCCAAGUCAUCCACACCAUCACCAUACUCAUCAUCCCCAUCCAGAUCUCUUCUGCCCACCACCCCCUGCUCCACUAACCAUGCCCACUGCUCAGGAAAAGAGCCUGGCUUCUGGAGCAGGCAGGGACUCCGAAGUGACGGGACCCACCUUUGUUCCCUCUGUGGGGCCACUGGGGGACAAAACCAGUGGACCGUUUCAACUGGGAAACUCGCAUUGUCGAGGUGUGGGAGGUGGUAUGGUGGCUGUUGGAGGAGGUACAGGGAAAGAAACCAAAACUCCUGAGAAGAGCAGCAGUGGAAGUAGAGCACCUCCUCCUGCACCUCCCCUACAGCCUCCUACUGGUAGCUGCCAAAGAAAAUCUUCCCAACAGCAACACGUAUAUGGCAAAGCAGACAAAGGCCCGGAUUGGCCCUCAGGCCCACAUUCUGGCAUGCACGAGGUUCAGCACAGUCAUACUCAGCAUUCCCACUCGGCUCGUUCAUGUAGCUUGGACAGCAGUGACGAAUCUGAUGCCUUUCGCCCCUCUCUGCCACAAGGCACAAAGGGUGGCCACCAAGGUAAAAGUAACAUUUAUGCCAGCACUCCACCUUUCCGGGACUGUUCCCACUCAGGUCCAUCAAACAGGUCUUCAUCUGAAGGUAAAAAUGGAGCUGAGAGUGACUGUACUCUUCAGAGGAACAAUCAGAGAGUUGCUCGGAUUCGUCAUCAGCAACAUGGAAACAGGGCUAGCUCUGGGGGACAGGGUCCAGAGCUGGAGACUAGCAACACUGCACAAGAGAAGAGGAAGGUGGAAAUGGAGACAGCAUCACAGGGAUACAUCAGCGGGCAUCAGACUGGCACUCAUCCCCCCUGGGGACACCAGGCUCGGUCGGAUGAAGAACAGCACAAGGCGUGCAACUCUCUCGCUGCUGGGUCCCGUAGUUCUCAAGGGGAACCUCAAACGCCCCAUAAAGAGGACACAUUGGGCCCUCAAGGACCUGAAAGCAAUGCCAUGAGAAGUCUGAUGAAGUACAGCACCCAGCAACCCUUGCUGUUCUCUCAGAAGACUCCAUUUGGUGGCCUGGGCUGCCUCAAGCAGGGGGUAACUAGGGAGAGAACCGAGAGGAACGAGAGAAAUGACAAAAGUGGAAGCAGUUCGAGCUGUGCUUUACAGGAGGCAAAGCAGACCCUGCCCCCCAGGAGAUCCUCAUCAUCUGGUGAGAGCGAGCGCUCGGAGCGGAUGGGUAAAGACUCAGGGGAGGCUCAGGGGGAGGGAGAGGUGCGGCAACCCCCUGUGGGGAUAGCAGUGGCCGUUGCCAGGCAGAGAGAGCCCCCAUGCCGCCUGCCAGACGGGCAUCCCACCCAUAACCACCACAGCAGAGUGAUGCCCAGCAUGAAGGGUAUUGGACGCCCCAUGUACCAGAUGGAUCGGGAGGUGGAUGAGGAAAGAAAAAGAAUCUGUGAGGAACAUCUUGGAAUGCCUCCAUUCGACAGAGAGAGAGAUCUCCUCCUCAGGGAAAACAAAGACAGAGUUGAGUUUGCCAGGAUCCACCCCUCCAGUAGUUGCCAUGGAGAUUUGACCUCACACCUUAUUGUGCCAGGCAGCAGCCAAUUAGGCACUGAGCCAUCUGCUCAUGCCCACCCUUCCCAUCAUCACUGGAUGCCUCGGACAGGAAGUCCCUCCCUUUGGAUGGGACACUCCUAUGGUCUCAGUCAUGCAGCAUUACAUCAGAAUUUGACCCCGGGCUUUUCUGCAUCCAUGCCCAGCCCCUUGCAACCAGUCCUGCCUCUGCCUCAGGACCCUUCUGCUGCCCUGGUGGUCCUACCUACCGAGCCAGCUGCCCACCCUGCCACCCACCACCUUGAUGUAAUGGAGCAGCAGGGUUUGUGGCCCCCUGUUUAUGGAGCCCGAGGGCCCGCCUCACACAUGCAGCAUCACGCCGUCUAUUCCCGCUCCCAGUUUCUACGGCAACAGGAGCUCUAUGCGCUGCAGCAGCAGCAUCAGCACCAGCAGCAUCGUGUGGCGCAGGCUUUGGAGCUAGCGCACAGACACAGCCAUUCACAGAGGAAACCCGAGGAUCCCCCCAUCGAUUUGGUUGAGGGAUCGUCUGAGCUUCGCAUGCCCAAGCAUACCAAGCCCUUCUCCGUUGGCCCCUCCAGUAAACCGCCUCCCUCCUCUUCGUCCCCGGGGGGCUGCGCCUCUCGUCUUUCACCCUGCUGUCGCUCACCAGCCCCACGGUCCCACCUCAAAAGCACGCCUUGUCCCGAGCCCAGCCCGGCCGUGGCUGCUCCCCGCUCACCGGCGCUCAGCCCCCACGCCACCCCACACCACCUUCCUAAGCCUGCCGAAUCCCAGGACAAGAGAGGCGAGGGGCAGCCCCCGCAGGACUACCCCCAGUCUCUAGAGCCUGAUCUCCCUCCCGGCUACACUUACCCAGCCAUCGCCAUGGGUUACAAAGGUGGCCCCUCCCCUCAAGAGGUCCAGUUGGCUGAGCAUGCAGACUUGGAGGCGGAACAAGCGGAACCUGCUGAACCUGCGCCUGAGCCCCACCCCCUUACUCCAAAAGGGGAGGAGCCUGUUAGUCACACUGGAGUGGGCUCUCCUUCCACUUUGCCCCAGGAAGUCGAGCGUGUCGAAGAAGAUGUUGGAGCAAUAGGAGGUGAGGUUGAUGAAGGAGAGUCGGGGGUCACCUGUGGUCACCUUUGCCCCGGUAUCGAUUCUCCUUCGAACCCUCAUUCAGUUACAGCGACUGUAAUACCUAACAGCCAAGUUAGUAAAAUAGAGAUUUCAGAACCAGAUAACAAGGAGAAUGAUGAGGAACUACAAGACCCAGUCAAGGUUACUAUGACCACCAUCCAGGAGCUGGCGGUGGGAUCUACUGAGAAUGACCCAAAGAGGAAGGCUGAAGAUGAGUGCAGAUCAACCAAUGACCUAGGGACUACCGACACAUCGCCACCCCUGUCCCCCUGCCCUGUGCCCUCAGCCCUGGGAAAUCAGUACCCAGGCAGCUGCAUUUGGAGUCUGGAGCUGCUCAUCGCAGCAGCUUUGUGUGCCACGAGAGAUGCCCGCAUGGCGGCCCCUGCGUCUGUGUCUGCUAAUGUGGUGGCCCCUAAUUACGGCAUAGCAUUACUGAGUGAAAUGGCUGAGCUGGAGCGAACCCAACAACAAAGAAAUGACAUGGUGGAGAAUGAAGAAGACAUGCUGACCUUUGAUCUUCAAAGUUUGGCAACCCUAGCUGCCGCUCGCGCUCUGGAGCUGGCCCCGCACACAACGACAGACUCCACCCCACCUCUCCGCAAAAUCCUCAAUUUGCGCAGGAAAUGCAAGUGGACGCCCCGACCUGAACCGGUGUGUCCUGUUAAGGGUACCAUGGAAACACUGGACCGCGAGGAGCUAGCAAUGCGCGUGCGACUGGCAGAACUGCAGCGGCUCUACAAGGAAAAACAGAGGGAGCUGGCGAAGCUACAGAGAAAACAUGACCACCAGAAAGACGAAACCUCUCGCAGUCCAGCUCGCCGAGGACCUGGAAGGCCACGGAAACGCAAGUCCACGUCGGCGCCCCCUGUUACCGCAGACGCCCCUAGAAAAAUCAAGUCGGCUGGGAUGGGGGCGGGGCCAGGCCUUCUUACGGCUGAGGAGUUGGCUGGAGGCGGAGACAGGAAGAGGAAGAGGAUGUCUAAUAGCCCUUACCAUCAUCACGGCAGCGCACAGGCUCACUGCCGGCCAAGAGGAAGACCGAGACUGCUGAGCACUAAGUUUAAGCAGAAGGCUUGCUCACAGCUGAAACAGAAAGCCAAAGCCAAGCGUGGAUCGAGACUGGUGAAGCUGUUAUGUCACCGAGAGAGUAACGCAACAAAACAUCUGUCAAGAGGUGACGGUGGAAAAGAAGAACAUGCGCUUCGUAAUAAAACUGGAGAAUAUAGUGACACGGCAGGUAGUGGGGCAGCAGUCCACCAAGGAUCAGACGGGAAGCAGACCACAGUCAGGAGAGGUCCGAGGUCAAAGGCUUUCCUAAGCUGCACCUCCUCACCACUUCCAACUCAAACUCAGCAGCUUCACCGCAAUAAGGCCAUGACCGACAGCAAGCUAGAAGCUCCCGAGAAGGGCAUCUCUCCGUCCGACAGUGACACGGAGGAGGAUGAUGACUGCAUGUAUGACAGUGAGGAAGGGGCAGAGGGCAUCAAGAAUCUAUCAUCUAAAGAGCAGCUGUCUGGAGCCAGCCGUCCUUCACAGUGCUCCAUUGUGAAGCUUGAGGCCAAUCAGAAAGCCAAGAACAAGACAGAAAGACAAGGAUUCGAGUCCAGCACUAAAGACAUGAAGAUGAGAAGGAAAGCCCCGUGUAGGCAAACCCUGGUCAGUGCUGACAAUAGCCACUCAGAAAUGGAGGAAGAUAGGAGACUGACGUUACCCAGGUGGAGAGAGGGGUCAAGGGAGAACACCUUUGACCACAUUAGGGUCCUCAAGAGCUCAGCUACUCCACGAGAAAGAACCACCAGGAAAAGUGCAAUGCUUUUUGGCAAGAGGAGGGUCAGAAGCUGCUGGUUGGAAACGCUGUCGUCUCAGUAUGAUGACAUCACUUGGACCAGGCGAAUCAGAAACAAGCAGGCUAAGGGACGAGCAGUCAGUCGUUUGCUGGAGAGCUUUGCCGCCGAUGAGGGUUUCCGUAUGGAUGACGACAGCAGCUUUUCGGAAGGAGAGGAGGAGGAGGAGGAAGAUGAUGAACUGGAGCUGUUGGGUAAUGCACCGCCAGCCCUGCCCAAAUGUACUCUCACCAAAGAAAUCCUGAGGGAUGGACUGAAAGUGUUAAUCUCAAAGGAGGAUGAGUUACUGUAUGCUGCCUAUGUACAUACACUGGACCUGCCUGAUAUAUACAGUGUUGUCGUCGAGGGGGAGCGGGGAAACAGACCAAGGAUCUACUCUCUAGAGCAGCUGCUGAAAGAAGCGGUUUUGGAUGUGCAGUCGGAAACAGUGGAAACACUGACGGCCGGCACAAGAGUGUGUGCCUACUGGAGUGAACGCUCACGGUGCCUUUAUCCUGGAUAUGUCCGUAGAGGUGGACCAGGAGAGGAACAGAGGGAGGGCAGCGUCAUGGUUGAAUUUGAUGACGGAGAUCGUGGAUGGAUUUCUCUCCAAAACAUCCGAUUGCUACCACCAGGCUACCAAAUUCACUGUGCAGAGCCUUCACCAGCCCAUCUGGUCUCGCCUACCUGCCGCAAAAGGAAGAGCUCCACUCAAGACAAGAUAACUCAGCAGGCUGAUGUUGCUAACACAGAAUCCAAGAAGAAUGUUAUUAAAAACAAGCCAGGAAGGCCAAAAUCCGCCAAUUCUUCAUCAAAGAGCUGUGUGGCUGAGAAUGUGAUGGAAACUGCAUCUCCGCUUCUAGGCUGGCCGGUUGCCACCACGUCCAGAAGGAAGCCCUCCAUGGAUCUGUUCCAGUUCAACGGGUUAACCAAGAAAGCUCUUAGGGGGAAGGAGUCCGACAUGUUCCCAUUACUUAGCUCCACCAUGGCCACCCCAGCCAAAGGCAUCUUUAGUACUUCCUUUGAGGUUGAUUCUUUCAGUAGCAUCGCAAAUGGUUGCACUUCCUUCGGGAAUCAGCAGUUGACGACAGGCCUAUCACUCGGUCACAAGGGAACCUCUAGUUUACGGGGAAGAAAGAUAGCAGACAGGAAGGAAUUUCUGGUCAAACUGGACCACGAAGGGGUAACAUCCCCUAAGACUAAGAAUGGAAAAGCAUUGUUGCUGCUUGGAAAUCCAGAGGUACAUAAUUCUAGAGGCGGACGGAUGGAGAAAGGCUUUGGAGCCAAAGGAAUAGGAGAACUGACCUCAAGUAUGGGCUACUCCCAGUCUGUUCUCCUAGUUAAAGAUGCCAAAAGAAACAGCGGAAAUCUUCUCAAAGGUUCGUCAGACAUCCGUAAGCACCCUCAGGGUCUUGGGCUCAGUGAAUAUGCAGAUUAUGGACCUAACUGCCACAGCGACUGCCUAAGCUCCUACUCGGAUAUGGACGAAGAUGAAGACGAGGAAGAAGAUGCGAGAAGAGCAGCGAUGCGCACCACCGGGCGCUUUCUGUCUCGUCUUUCUGUUUCAUCAUCGUCCUCGGGGUCCUCCAGCGCAUCAAGCUCGGGAUCACUGUCCAGCUCAAGUAUUUGCUCAUCUGAUAAUGACUCUUCCUACAGUUCAGAUGAAGAAGAGGCAUCACGGCUUCUGCUUCAGGGUUGUCUGUCCUCUCAUCAUUCAUUGAUUCAGCAACAGCAGCAUCCUGAACCUCCUACUGCCCCUCCACGUCAUGCCUUUGGCAUCUCAAAUUCAAAGGUCGCCGUCAAUAGUAGUACAGGCAAACCUCCGAGACGAAAAGACAUUGCCAACAACUCUGCCUCUGUGGUCCAAUCCAAAUCUUCCAAAGACUUUCCUAAAAAACAGAAGAUACCAUCUUCAGAUAGUCCACUGAACACAUCCUCAUUGAUGCCGGGACGGCAGCUGUGGAGAUGGUCGGGUAACCCUACUCAGAGACGAGGAUUGAAAGGUAAAGCUAGGAAGCUCUUCUACAAGGCCAUCGUUCGUGGGAAAGACACAGUCCGAGUCGGUGACUGUGCCGUGUUUCUCUCUGCCGGUCGACCCCACCUUCCUUUUGUUGGCCGCAUUGAGAGUCUCUGGGAAUCCUGGUCCAGCAACAUGGUAGUCAAGGUAAAGUGGUUCUACCACCCUGAGGAGACCAAACUUGGAAAAAGGCACCGGGAUGGGAAGCAUGCACUAUACCAAAGUUCCCAUGAGGAUGAGAAUGACGUCCAAACCAUCUCCCAUAAGUGCCAGGUGGUGAGUCGAGCAGAAUACGAGCGCCUGAGCCGUAUCAGGAAGCCUAACAGUAACGGUCAAGAUCUCUAUUACCUGGCUGGCACUUACGACCCCACCACUGGCCAGCUGGUGACCGCUGAGGGGGAGUCCAUCGUCUGCUAGGGUUUGAAAAUGGCUGGAUGCACUACUGAAAUCACAGUUUCUCUAUGGGGGAUAUAAGAAAUGGCUGACAAUCAGGCCAGUCUUAUAGAAGAUAUACAACUCUAGCACGAUGUGGAAAGUAAUCUGAACCCACAGCAACUUUUUAUCUCUAUGGAGUAAGCAUAUGGAGAGAACAACUCGUGGUGAUCAAUGAAGGCUUCACAGUCAUGGAAUACAUUUGAAAUCUUUUACUGAGAAAUGGUUAAGCACUGGACUUGUUGGGAAAGGAUAUUUAGACUUACAAACAUGGAUCGUGGGGAGGUGUGAAACACUGACUGUAUUGCCGAAAGAUCUUUAGGAAAGAUCUUCACAUCAAACUGAUGUCUCCAGGACUUCUAUCCCAGCAGGACCAAAUACACUGUUACUAUGAGCUGUGGUAUGAUCUGUUUGUUUGUGUGUUUGCGUGAGAGAUGUGAAUGAGAUGGUACUUUUUGCAGUAUGCAAAUAUGUGAAAAACCAUGUGCGAAUGCAGAGAUCAGCCACAAAAAGAAAAACAAACAGGAACGGGUGUUGACCUGAAGAUUAGAAGAGUUGAGUUCUUCUAAACUGAACGAUGCUCUCACACGUGUACAGUCUGAUGACCUCUUUUGACAAUUCCAGGGAUUUUUUUAUUGGUUUAUUUUCACUCUUUUGAAGAAGAGAUAACGAAAAGUCAGUGUAUUAAAACGUCAGCUUAUGAACUGAGUUUUGUGCGAAAACAAACAAACACAAAAGGAAUGAUUUUUCCAGUCAAGCCAUACACUUCUGUACCUCUUGCUUAUCUUCUCAUUCAGGUGUAUAGUUGUACAAUUGAUUUAUUUGAUGUGUGUACAUAUAUAAAUAUAUAAAUAUAUAUAAAAACCACAAACUGUAAAUAUAAUAUAAAUGAAGAGAGAACUCUAUUCCUCUUUAUUGCUCUUGAUCGUGUUAUUUUUUUAAAAAUUGUUUAGGAAGUUUGCUUUAGAGACAGGCAUGAUUUCGGACACCUUAGUUUCCAAAUAUCCUCUUCGCUGUUGUGCAUGAGGAGGAUUAGGAGGGGAAUCGACACCAUGCAGUCUAGUAGUUAGCAAUGAGGUGAUAAAGAGGAAACAGGCUGUCUGUGUCCACUUCAUUGUUUCUUUCUUGUGCUGUUUAAUUUUAUUUUGAAUGAUUUCAUAUUCCAUUGCGUUAUUUUUUGUGAUAUAAUCAUUAACCAAUCAAACGAAAAGCUCUCGGAUGUGCUAAAGACUUUCUGAAGUCAGUAGUACCCCGGUCUAUACAGCAUGCACAUUAGAGGUGGCAUGACCAUCCUGAAAUGACAUUUAAACAAACCUUACUGAAGAAAUCAGGCCUCCAAAGUGUCAAACCAAAGUAUGUCUGUGGAAUUACUAUAAACCCAAUUGCAAUAAAUAUGUAGACUGAAUCAUAAAUGAGGGGCACUUGCAAUGUUUUUAACAGCUAAUUUUGCAGAUAGCUUUCAUGUUUGCCUGAAACGUUGUCAGUAUGUUUCAGAAAUGUUGUAGCAAGGUUUCAGCAAGGGUUUUAUGUUUUAGAGGAGUGGGUAUGCGAAUUUUCAGCACUUCCUAUUGCUGUCCUAUGUCACGUGAUCAUGAAGGACAAUCAUUACCUGUUAGUGAGGGCAGUUUAAAACAGAUCAAAUCUAAAUACGUCACUUUUCUUCCUGCUUUGCCAAAAAUCGUUUCUUUUUCCAUUGUCAAUGUUGUACUUUUAUUUGUUCGAUAUGCAAGCCUGUACAGAUUGUUCCUUGUUGGAAUUGUGAAAGGAUAUGCCUUCAAUCCUAAAGGAUGACUUACUUUUUUAUGACAUUGUUGCUGUUACACUGCAGAAGCUAAAGCUUUAAGUAAUAUGAUGUGAAAAUAAAUGUUACGUCACUUUCUGGGUCUAUAAAAAAAUAAGAAAAAAAUUAAAAAUGGUAUUUUUGUAACAAACACUGGAUUGACGCAAACUCUUCAUAUGGUGACGCUGGCACCACCAGCGUGCCAGGAAGUUGGCUCAGCCUCAAAGGAAACUGAAUCAUUGUGUAACCUGAAUUUGAGACCCACUUGGAACUGAUUUUUAUGGUGGAUGAUCUUUUUUGACCUUGUGGGAAAUAUAACUCUGAGAUAUUUCCACUCUUAAAACGUUAUUUAUCUUAAUUUUAUUGCAUUCAUGUUGCAUUUAAUUAAAAAAAAUCUAAAUUA